AUGGCGGCGCCGCUGCGGGACCGGUUGGGCUUCCUGAGCCGGCUGCCCACUCUGAUGAAAGGCACCUCGGAUGAUGACGUCCCAUGCCCUGGGUACCUGUUUGAGGAAAUCACAAAGAUCUCCUACGACUCCCCAGGGAGCAGCCAGUGCCUCCUGGAGCACCUCCUCAACCGACUGCAGAAUAACUCCUGUCACGUCAAGCUGAAGGUGCUGAAGAUUCUGCUGUAUAUGUGCACGCACGGCUCUUCGCAGUUCCUCCAGCAGCUGAAAAGGAAUUCCACCUUCAUCCAGGAAGCAGCAGUGUUCGCGGGGCCGCCAGAUCCCCUGCACGGCAACAGCUUGUACCAGAAGGUCCGAGCAGCAGCACAGGACUUGGCCGGUGCUUUAUUUUCGGAUACCUUGUCGCCCCUGCCCUCUGCUCAGCCCUGCAGGCCACUUCCCCCAACAGGAAUGGGCUCCAAGCCCAGCCCCUGCAGCUCCUUCCAAGGCUUUGGCUUCACGGGCGAGAGAAGCGGCUCUCCUUCCGCCGGCGAGGCCCUGCUCGCCACCAUACAGAAAGCAGCCGAGGUGGUCGCCAGCGCUGUGCUGCCCAGCCCGGAGUUCCCCCCUCCCUGCCCCAGGGAGCUGCAGGACGAUGCCUACCAGCCCGUGACGGCGCCUUCUCCUGGUAAAAGCUGUGUGGUGCCUCCAAAGCCCCCUGCUCCUGCAGCCCACAGCCUGCGAGUGAGUCACCAGCCUGGGCAGGCAGGAGGUGGCUGGGAAGAGACGGACAGUGGGCACAGCUCCCAGAACUCCUCGCAGGAGAACGGGGAGCUGAGCAGGACCUCCGACUCCUACAGCAAAUCAGGCAGCGACAGCCCCUCGGGGGCCAGCAGGGAGCUGGGGAACGUAACUGAGAGGGUGGAGGGCGACUGCCUGCAGGAGCUGAGCCUGGUGGGCGCGCUGACCAGGGGCUCCAAGGUCUUCCUGACGCGGGAGGAGGCCCAGCACUUCAUCAAAGAGUGCGGGCUGCUGAACUGCGAGGUGGUGCUGGAGCUGCUGAGCCGGACGCUGCAGGACCCCAGCCAGCUCGUCUGCAUGAGGUCCAUGUGUGCCAUAUCCUCCCUCCUGUGCUCCGACCUGCUGGCCCACGAGCAGAUCUCUGGGAUUACCCGGCCACACCUGCAGCAGCUCAGCCAAAGAAGUCCCGGUCCCGUGGCCAACAAAGCAACAAAGCUCCUGAGGCAGUUUGAGGCUUUGUGCAGGAGCUGCCCGUCUCCCAAGAGAUCACAACCGGACACGGAUCCCUCUGCUCCUGCCGGGGGCUCCCCCCAGCACACGCGUGACUUGCUGACGGACCUCAUGCCUCUGGCAGGAGAGACCGUUCUCAAACCCGUGAGCUUAGCCCCUUUCCUCUCGGAGACGUGGAAAGCCCCAGCGUUCGAUGCGCAUCCUGCGGCCGUGCCCGCCCCUGCGGGAGAGCAGGGCACAGAAGCGGAGACCUGUGAGCAGUUUGGGGAUGUCGCACCAGGCGGUCGGUGCCAGCAAGAGGUGGAGUGCAGACUAACGGGGCCUGAGCCCCAGCUGGAUGCUGCCCGGACAGAGACGCUGAAUGGCAGGCGGGGGGCAGCCGCAUCCCCUCAGAGCCUCUCCCUGUUUGCUGGCAUGGAGCUGGUGGCCCUUCCAGGCACAGCAGUAGCCAACCCUGGUGGGGAGGAAUGUGCCUCUCGUGUUCCACGGACACUGCCGUGCACUGGGACUGCCAGCGCCAAGGCUCACGGGGACUCUGAGGGCAGCAGGGAACCUUCUGCGUUCUCCUUCCUCAACAUGUAGCAGCUGGGGCUGCAGGACGCUGAGGAACUGGGGUCUCGCUCACUGCGUGUCGCUCUCAGGCCAUCACUACAGGGGCACCGACUGGCACUACAGGGGCACCGGCUGCUCAGCUCAAAGCGAGGCCUCCCCGUUUCUCGUGGGUGCUGCCAAGUCCACGUCCUGCAGAAAGGGGCUGGCAGUGCCGGUGCUGCUGGGGAGGAUCUCGCUGGGGCACAACGAGGAAAUGGAGUCCCCAGUCACUCCCUUCAGUUUGAUCCCUGGAGGUGCCCUCGAAAAAUCCAUGAGCAACCCUACAAUAACAAUCCAGCAUGAUCCCACAUGGAGGGGGAGAGGGGGAAUGUGCCACGACAGCCAGUUCCAGGCUGCCAAAGGGGGGGUGGGAAUGAGAAUCCCCUUGACUCUACCCCCACGUUAAGGUUGUGCUAGAGGUUUAAGGCUAAUCAUAUGUGCUUGGCUGCUCUGGCCCCCUGCUUGGGUCAUCCAUC